GGACAACAGUACAACAUUCUCUCAUAAUCACCUCUCUUGACAUUCCCUCAUAAUCACUUCACUUUCACCUCCCCAUUCACUUUCACCUUCACCUUCACUACUCUCACUAUGAAGUUCUUCGCUCUUCUCUCUCUUUCCACCCUCACCGCUGGGUUGGCCAUCAAGCGCCAGACCACCAGCACCUGCACGGACCCCGUGGUUCGCCAGGAAUGGCGGUCCCUCACUGAAGAUAUGAGGUCCGAAUACGUCGCAGCCGUCCAAUGUCUCACCACCAAGGACAGUCGCCUCAACUCGACAAUGUCUCUUUACGACGACUUUGCCUAUGUUCACCGCGAGCUCGACACCACCAUCCACGAGGUGUCCCUCUUCUUCCCCUGGCACCGGUACUUCGUUCAGACCUACGAAGACGCACUCCGCGACUGCGGGUACACGGGUCACGCCACGUACUGGGACUGGAGUCUCGACUACUCCGACCCCUUCUCGGCGCCGGUCUUCAACACCGACUCCACUGGCUUCGGCGGCGACGGCGACGCCACCACCACGUGCGUCGCUACCGGCGUCCUCGCCGACCUCACCGUCAAGGUUCCCGACACCCACUGCCUGCAGCGCAGCUUCAGCGCCGACGCGUUCCUCGAGUACGCCGACCCGGUCAUGGUCAACGCCACGCUCGCCAUCACCAUGUACUCGCUGUUCCGACCGGGUAUGGAGGACGGGCCGCACAGGUCUGCGCACGGCGGUGUCCGCGGCGACAUGCUGCACAACUACUCUCCCAACGAUCCGAUCUUCUUUCUCCACCACACCAACGUCGACCGCCUCUGGUGGACUUGGCAGCAGGCCGAUCCCGACACGCGCUUGACCGAGUACAGCGGCAACCGCUACCAGAACGACGCCGACACCGAGGCGACCAUCACCGAUCCGGUGCCCAUGGUCGGCAUCACCGACGACACCGUCGUCUCGGAGUUGAUGUCGACCGAGACCGGGCCCUUCUGCUACACCUACUAG